UCUUCCUCUCAGGUAGUCAGAAUAUUUAAUUUGUAGUGAGUAAAUAUCCAGAGGCAACCUGAGUUAGAGUACCGGUACCCAGACCAAUAGUGUAACUCCUUUUAUUGUGAGCUCAUUUAUUGAGUCAAAUUCUUUUACUUUUCUAUAGGAUAUUUUUAAUUUUGUUUCUGCACGUCAUGGCUGGAGGAACUGCCAUCAACCCUACAUCUCUUAUAGAGCUCACCAUCUCUUGUAGAAACCUACGUGACACAGACGUUUUCUCAAAGUCAGAUCCCAUUGCAGUUUUAUACUACAAGCCUUUUGCUACAAAUAAGUGGCUAGAACUGCGCCGCACCGAGUGCAUCAGCAACACACUCAACCCUGACUUUGUCACCAAACUCCCUAUAACUUAUCAUUUUGAGGAACAGCAGCACCUGAAGUUCUGCAUCUAUGACAUUGACUCAAGAAACCCAAACCUUGACAAUCAUGAUUUUCUAGGAGAGUAUGAGUGUUCUCUGGCAACCCUCGUCUCAGAGGGCAAGGUGGAAAAACCUCUGGUGGACAAAGGCUGCAAUGUCAGCUGUGGCAAUAUCAUCAUCGUUGCUGAGGAGAUGAGUGCUUGCAGAGAAGAAAUGACCAUACAAUUUAUUGGUAAAAACUUGGUCAACAACCACUGGUUUGGUAAGAUAAGUCCUUUCCUGGAGUUUUACAAGGCCAAUGAAGACAAUUCCUUCACAUUAGUUCAUCGCACAGAACCUGUUCGCCACUGCAUCAAUCCUGUGUGGAAAGACUUCAAGGCGCAGCUGCGAAGUUUCUGCAGUGGCGAUUAUGACAGAACCAUCAAAGUGAACUGCAGGGAGUUUGUCAACUCUGGGAACCAUAAACUGCUAGGGAGCUUCAUGACCAACGUCAGGACACUGCUCCAGGGUCCUGGACCCCAGAAUGUCUACUUGCUUAUUGACGAGGACAAAAAGAAGCGUAAAGGCAGCAGCUACAAGCCCGGCGGAGAAGUUCACGUGUCCAUGGCUCACGUGCAGGAGGUUUUCAGCUUCAUUGAUUACCUGAAGGGCGGCACCGACCUGAAUGCCUUCAUCGCCAUAGACUUCACAGCCUCGAACGGCAACCCCCAGUCGCCCGACUCGCUGCACCACAUCGACGUGACCAACUCUGGCAAGCAGAACCAAUACCAGCGCGCCAUUCAGGCCGUGGGCGAGAUCAUCGAGGACUACGACUCUGAUAAAUACUUCCCUGUUCUGGGCUUCGGGGCGCGGGUACCGCCUGACUUCAGCACCGUGACACACCUGUUCUUCGUCAACGGCGACGCCACCAACCCGUACUGCUACCGCGUCAGAGGCGUGUUGGACGCGUAUCACUCGUGUCUGAGUCGUGUUCAGCUCUACGGACCCACCAACUUCGCCCCCAUCAUCACCCACGUGGCUCAGUUCGCCGCCGCCCACCGUCACGGCGACAAGUACUUCAUCCUCCUCAUAUUAAUUGUGCCCUCACCUGAAGUUACCAUCAUCAUGUUGCAGGCAAUCGUGCGUGCCUCGGUGCUGCCGCUGUCCAUCAUCAUCGUAGGCGUGGGCGACGCAGACUUCAGCGCCAUGGAGGAGCUGGACGGGGACCGUGUGCGGCUGUCGUCUGGGGGCCAGACCGCGGCCCGAGACAUCGUACAAUUUGUGCCGUUCAGGGACUUCCUCAAGGGAGGGAAGGUUGAUAAUAACACCGCUAGAAUUCGUUUGGCCCGAGAGGUGCUCGCUGAGGUGCCUGAUCAGUUCAUGUCUUUUAUGAGAGAGAAUAGCGUUAAGCCUGGCGCUGCCGGCAAGGGGCCAGCUCCCGCCACCCUGCCCAUGUGCCCUACUCUUUUGCAGACUUAAAUGCGGCCAGAUAUUUCCUAAAAACAUUAUUUUUUUCUUUGGUUCAAGUUUGAAUUAAGGGGGGCUUGCAUGUUCAAUCGAAGAUCGUUUUUUUUUUCGGAGCAAUGAGUGUUGACUGAAGUUUAAAAAAGAGCGUCCCAAAAAUUACAACCUUUUCCAUCAAAACAUUUUUGUUCGUUUGUUUUGAAAGGGAGUGGUCGUUUGUGCAAUGGACUUGAGGGCAAGUUUAGCCUUUCCUGCUCGAUGUGUAAAAGACUCUAGAUGGUUUGUAUCCACCAAGGACAUAAUAUUUACGGGCAUUGCUGGGCUGUUCAAAUUCUUGAGGGUAUUAUACUUCCUUCCUACAGUUGUCCCGUUGUGCAGCUCUGUCGUAACUGUUGCGCGGCUCAUUGAAGCUUAACUCUUGGUAAGCAUCAAAAUAAUGCUUCCGCUGACUCUUGACUACGACUAAAUCUGACUCGACUCCUGCUGUCUUGUUAUGAAGCAUGAACGUUCCUUACUAAACACCUGAUAAUUGUUCACUCCUUGCUUCUCUUUUUAACUGCCGUGCCUAACAAUAAAUUUUUUUAAACUUUGAACUUUCAAGAGUCGUGGCCAAUCUUUUUAAGUAAUGUUUGCUGUGUCUAAUUAAACUAUUUCUUUAUUAUCUUCCAUCAAAAAUACAGUUUGUGAGCGUUUUCUCCUUGUGUCAAUAUCGAGAAAAAAGUUCGACAAUGUAUUGAUCUGUUAUUUUUAUAACGGUUCAAGAAUGCCUUUCUUAAUGCUUGUGAAUUCUAUCGAACCCUGCGUUUCUUGCUCACUUUAAUGCGGAGUUAUAUUAGUGUUUAAUUUAAUGAGGAGUUAUAUUUGUUGUGUUUGAAGGGUAUUCCUGUACACGUUUUUCUUUUGAUCACAGUUCACUGCAUCCUUGUGAUAUCACUAACCAACGCAUCGAUAUCCUAUUGUGCAUCUUGCACCGGCCAAUGAAUUGUGUGGCUUCACUUGUACAAUAAAUGUUAGACAAUAAGUUAUACGUAAGUCGGCACACAAUAUAUUUGUGUAGGUACUCAUGUAUGUCGUAUUGUAUUUUGUGGGCUUCGACAUGUCCAGCUUACGCUGUUACAUUUGAAUGUUAGGAACACUUGCGAUGUUUUUAAAAUUAGAGCUUUUUUGCACCUUGAUUCUCACUGCUUAACUUUGUGAUGAAAAAUUCGUAUUUUCUAGACCAAAAUAGGCGUAUCAGCGAAGUUGGCGCAAUUUCCUGGUCUUGGUUAUGCUCGCUGUCUGAAUAGCGGCUAAAAUAAUUAUAUUAGUUAAAAAUUCGAUAAGGCUAUGACAAAUGCACUAGGUUGGCUAGACUGAAAACCUUCCGCAUAGAUUUUCUACUUUUCUAUGCUCUAUGUUGUGUUAGAAUCUUACUGAUCCUUCAUGUGUAUUUCUAAGUGUCGUACAAGUAACUGCCAGCUGCUGCGGUGUGCGUGUAGGUGCUUGUACACGGGGCCAGUAGUGGCGGCCAGUGCCACUUUUAAAUGCUAAGCGCCACUAAAUAUUUGAAACCGCCACUCCUGGAAAGGUUCAAAGGGCCACCGUAUCCUUCUGUGGCCAGUGGCUCAUAUACAGGAGACCAGUAAUACGGUGAUUUGUAUGUGAAAAUUCUCGUGGCCGCCACUACUGUCCCCGUGGACAAGUUCUCGUGGCCGCCACUACUG